CAUCGUAUUUUAGUGCGUAGGAAGAACUGCCGGCUGAAGUUACGCACGCUGCCAAGAUGAUGGGAGCACCAGUACUUGUGUUGAGCCAGAAUAUGAAGAGGGAGUCGGGCCGUAAGGUCCAGAUGGGAAACAUAACUGCAGCAAAGACAAUAGCGGAUGUCAUCAGAACAUGUCUGGGACCAAGAGCCAUGAUGAAGAUGCUUCUCGACCCUAUGGGAGGUAUUGUCAUGACCAACGAUGGCAAUGCCAUCCUGAGAGAGAUCCAAGUGCAGCACCCGGCAGCCAAGACCAUGAUAGAGAUCAGCCGCACCCAGGAUGAGGAGGUGGGCGAUGGAACUACCUCUGUCAUCAUCCUUGCUGGUGAAAUGCUGUCAGUGGCAGAGCAGUUCCUGACUCAGCAGAUUCACCCCACAGUCAUCAUCAGUGCCUACAGACUGGCCCUGGAGGACAUGCUCGCCAUGCUCAAAGACAUCAGUACGCCCGUGGACCCUGACGACCGGGACGUCAUGCUGAAGAUCAUCAAGUCUGCCAUCAACACCAAGGCUCUGAACCAGUGGUCUGAGUUGGCGUGCAACAUCGCCCUGGACGCUGUGAGGACCGUGGAGAUGGAGGAGGCUGGACGCAAAGAGAUCGACAUCAAGAAUUACGCCAAAGUGGAGAAGGUUCCUGGUGGCAUCAUGGAGGAGUCCUGUGUGCUCAGAGGAGUGAUGGUCAACAAGGAUGUGACACACCCCCGCAUGCGGCGCCUCAUCAAGAACCCACGCAUCGUGCUGCUGGACUGCUCCCUGGAGUACAAGAAGGGAGAGAGCCAGACUGACAUAGAGAUCACACGGGAGGAAGACUUCUCCAGACUCCUGCAGAUGGAGGAGGAGUACAUCAAGCAGAUCUGUGAUGACAUCAUUCGCAUCAAGCCAGACCUCCUCUUCACAGAGAAGGGCGUCUCAGACCUCGCCCAGCACUAUCUGAUGAAGGCCAACAUCACAGCCAUCAGGCGUGUCAAAAAGACAGACAACAACCGCAUUGCCAGGGCCUGUGGCGCUCGCAUCGUCAACCGCACGGACGAGCUGCUCGAGGAAAACCUGGGCACGGGCGCCGGCCUGUUCGAGGUCAAGAAGAUCGGAGACGAGUAUUUCACCUUCAUCACCGAGUGCAAGGACCCCAAGGCCUGCACCAUCCUCCUGAGGGGAGCCAGCAAGGAGAUCCUGGCCGAGGUGGAGCGUAACCUGCAGGAUGCCAUGCAGGUGUGUCGCAACGUGCUGCUGGACCCCAGCCUCCUGCCGGGCGGCGGGGCGGUGGAGAUGGCCGUGUCCAAGCGGAUGAUGGAGCGCUCCCGCAGCCUGACGGGCGUGGAGCAGUGGCCGUACCGCGCCGUGGCCCAGGCCCUGGAGGUCGUCCCCCGGACGCUCAUCCAGAACUGCGGCGCCUCCACCAUCAGAGUGCUCACCUCCCUCAGGGCGAAGCACACCCAGGAGGGCAGCACCAACUGGGGGGUGAACGGGGAGACUGGCACCCUGGCGGACGUGAUGGAGCUGGGCAUCUGUGAGCCUCUAGCUGUGAAGGCUCAGACCUACAAGACGGCUAUGGAGACCGCUGUCUUGUUGCUGCGCAUCGACGACAUCGUCUCAGGACACAAGAGGAAGGGAGAAGAGAAGAGUGGGGUAGUGGAGUAGAGGAAGGCCUGGCUGUGGACUGGUGCAGGGCGUGUUCCACUGCGCCCUGUUGGAGAACUGUUCACCGCUGGCAUGGUUCUGUCUCUGCAACCUUGUGUGUCCAGAACAAAUGCUUCAUUCCACAUUGUAGCCAGUUACUGCUGUUACUUUUAGUGUUCUGCUAGAAAUGAGCAAUUGAAAUAAAAUGUUCUAAGGCUCA